CACCCCACAUCAAAUCCAAGACAUCGUUUGUUACAACCGAUAUACUCGCAUCAAAUAUGAAUCGCCUUAUUCUCGUUGCACUGUGCGUGGUCGCUACGGCAUGUAUUCUACAUGCAGCUACAGUAGACAAGAACGAACCGGCCAAGGAAGACGUGAAGGCUGUGGUCGCUGAAAAGAAGGACACCGCUGAAAAGAAGGACGCCGAUGUGAAGCCUGCUGCUGAGAAAAAAGAGCGCAAGCCAGAACAGAACAAACGUGAACAUGAGAAGACACAGCCAGCCUCCAAGAAAUCUAAGAAUGCCGCACCUCACAAGAAAGACGAGAAACGCGUCCCAGCUGAGAAGAUGAACAAAAAACGUAAUGUCGCCAAGCCCGAGAAAAGACUAGCACCAACUAAGGAAGCCAGGCAGCCCGCACUGCACGAAAACAGCAAACUGAAUCGCAAAGACUUGAAGGCUGAGAAACCAGCCAAGAAGGCACAAAACCCAAACAUGGAAAGAAAUGCCAAGAGCAAGAAAUCUCAAGAAAAACGUGCCCCAGCAAAGAAAGCCGAUGCAUCCAACAAAAUGAAGAAGGCUUAAAAUAAUUCGUGUGUAGAAACACAGUGUAGUAUCCCCCUUCCCACAAAAACUGUUAGUCAGUCGCUUUAUCCUCUAACAUAUAAGUAACUACAUUUAGAACACAUCAAAUAUCCUACGUCUAUGUAAUUAAACUGUUAUGUUUAAAAAUAAAAUAGUUAUCUCGCA